CUUAAACAUCUGAUAAGACAUAUGAUAAAUGUUAACCUAAUGUGAUAGUACGGAAAAUUACAAUAACAUAACUUUUUGGACAGAACAACACAGCAAAAUUCUUCAUGGAAAAUGUAAAAACUCAAUCAAAAUUCAUAGUAAAAUUACAGUCAAAUUAUCAGAAAUUAAUAUAACACUAUACAAAUUAUAUAAUACAAAGAAACAGACAUGAAAGAAAUUAUCUCCAUCCACAUUGGUCAAUCAGGUACACAGAUAGCGAACGCGUGUUGGGAGUUAUACUGCCUGGAGCAUGCUAUCAGGCCAGAUGGACUCGUCUACCCUGGCUAUGAACGCUGCAGGGAUAGAUCGUUCAACACCUUCUUCGAAGAUAAUAGUGGAAAAUAUGUGCCGAGAUGCGUCAUUUUUGAUUUGGAACCAACUUGCGUAGACGAGAUAAGAACGGGAGCCUAUCGUCAGCUGUUCCACCCAGACACGCUGAUCUCGGGCAAAGAGGACGCGGCGAGCAACUUCGCACGUGGCUACUACACGAUCGGCAACGAAAUGUCCGAACUGGUGCUUGACCGCAUCCGUAAAGUGGCCGAGAACUGUGCCAACGUCCAAGGCUUCAUAGUGGUGCGCUCUUUCGGCGGAGGCACAGGGUCCGGGUUCACUGUCAAUCUGCUCGAGCGCAUGACUAACGACUACGCCAAGAAAAACAAAAUCGAGUUCGCCAUCUAUCCAUCGCCCAGGAUAUCACCGUUGAUCACUGAGCCGUAUAAUGCAUGUCUAACCACUCAUGGAAGUCUCAACGUGUCCGAUUGUUGUUUCAUUUUCGACAACGAGGCUUUCUAUGAUAUUUGUGCCCGCAACUUGGAUGUGAAUCGACCAACCUAUACGAAUCUCAAUCGUCUAAUUGGACAGGUUAUGUCCGGUGUGACGGCGUCAUUACGUUUCGAGGGCUCAGUGAACGUAGACCUGCGUGAGUUCCAAACCAACCUGAUCCCGUUUCCGCGAGUUCACUUCCCAUUGGUCAGCUAUGCGCCACUGGUUCCAGCACAUAAAGCACGGCACGAGCAGUUGACUGUGGACCAGAUAACCAGUUCAUGCUUCGAGCCAGCCAAUCAGAUGGUCAAAUGCGAUCCACGCACCGGAAAGUACGUCGGCGUCACGCUGCUCUACAGGGGAGAUGUUUCCCCCAGCGAUAUCAACAACGCUAUCGGUCGCAUCAAGAAUGCACGAAGCGUCAACUUUGUCGAGUGGUGUCCGACCGGAUUCAAGACAGGAGUCAACUACAUGCCGCCGACUACAGUCCCUGGUGGAGACCUUGCCAAAACUACGAGGGCUUGCAUCGCCCUGGCUAACAACACAUCUGUGAAGGAUGCGUGGAAUAGACUUCGCAAAAAGUUCAAUACCAUGUAUCAGAAACGAGCGUUUGUAUUCUGGUAUGUUGGUGAAGGCAUGGAGGAGAGCGAGUUCACAGAAGCCAGGGACAAUGUGCAAGCUUUAGAAGAAGAGUACAAUGAAAUUGAGAAAUGAUACAUUCUAUCACAGAUACAAUCAUACAACUGACUUGAUAAUUAGAUUGGGGAAUGAUACAUCCUAUGACAGCUACAAUCAUACAAUAUUGUCUCUAUUUAUACAUACAUUGGUAGAUACAAUAUCAUUCUCAACUAUGAAUGAUUGGGAAAGGAACAACAGGCUUGAAGCCCAAAACUGUUACUUUCCCAAAUUUGGAUAGAAAUUGACCAAAAAUGGAUGAAAUUGAGAAAUGAUACAAUCUAUUAAAGAAUACCAUCAUACAAUAUUGACUUGAUAAUGAAAUUGGGAAAUUAUACAUUCUAUUAUAGACACAAUCAUUCAAUAUUGUCUUGAUGAUGAUAUUGAGAAAUGAUACAUUCUAUCACAGAUACAAUCAUACAAUUGUCUAGAUUUGCUACUUGACACAUAUCCUACUUGUUUCUGCUCUUAUACUCCAAUUGAUGUACCUUCCGAAUUGGUAUACAUUGUUUCGAAUUAUAUAGUAGCAGAGAAAACUUAAGCUGCGUUUACACCAAAGUUAUCAACAAAAUGUUUAUUUCUCCGUCCUUAUAGAUUCUAUUAGUUUGAACAUAACUUUUCAUACACAUGAUGAACAUUAAUGUGUUUGUCAAGUUCCGUUCAAUCUAAUAGAAUCUAUAAGGAUGGAGAAAUAAACAUUUUGUCAAUAACUUUGGUGUAACCGCAGCUCUAUACAAGUUCAUACAGACUCAUAUUUGUUUUAUUUUAUGAUUGUAGAUGGCAUUGUAUUACGUAUCGUAUACGACUUUAGACGUGCAAAUACACAAAUUCGGGAGUUGCAUCAAAUUGAGUAUAAAAAGCAGUAUAUUAUGAUUGGAAUUGGAACUCAUACAAAUCUUCCAUUCGAUUCAGCCAACUACUGGUUAUUCAAUAUCUAUUUUGAAUGAAUUGGUCAAAAUAUUUCGCAGAUAAAGCUGAUUGAACUCGGAAGAAACAUAAUAAGCUGAACUUAACAUUAAAACAAAUAAAUGAAACUCUGAUGAUUCUCUUUUAUCUUUUAUUCUUAUUUCAAUAAAUGGAUAACCCCAUCGCAUGAUGAUAGAAAUAUUGGACUUUAUUCAAGCUAGAAGGUUAAGAAAUGUUACUAACAAAACCAUCAAUAGAGAAGAAAAUCUUAUGAAACAUUUUCAAGUCCUUUCAGCUAAUUCUUAUUUUUGAACAUUAGUUCAAAAUACUCUAUUUUACUCUAAAACCUCUGAACUGAGAACAUUGUGUUUCAUAUCUCAUAUGUAUCACAUCAAUUAGGAAGUUGAAGAUUAUUAUAUUAUUGUAUUACGAUACUUUCACUAAGAGUAGGUGGGUCCCGAAAGUAAACAGUUCGUGAUUGAUUGUUUACUCAUUUAUGUGGAAUUCUGCGGGAAACUUCAUAAAAUCAUAACUUGAGUAAAAGUAGAAUAAUCAAUUGAAUGAAUCGAUCCAUGUAUUAUUCCAUCAAUUAAUCAUAUUCACCAAUCACUAUUUCAAUUUAUUCAAUCUUACUCAAUUCUUUAUUUCAAUAAAAUAUUUAUUCAU